AUGGAUAAUGGCCAUUUUCUCGAUGAUAUCCUUGGCCUCGAAGACGAGUUUUACGCAGAAGGCUACCGGCUAGGGACGCUUGACGGGACAAAGGCGGGCUUCAACGAAGGCAGCGUCUUCGCCGUCGAAAAGGGCUUUGAAAAGUUCCAAGCCAUAGGGAAGCUCUACGGGAAAGGGAUAAUAUGGGCGAAGCGGUUACCAAACCAGCCGGAAAUUGUGAAAAGCAGCACCGUCCAGCCGCCUCAUACGAGCAGCGAUGAGACCCGGGACAGUGUGUUGUUGAGUGGUGAUGCUAAGUUGGGUGAGCUGGAGGCACGCCCUAUACCAGCGCAGGAUCUGCCGGCCCUUCCCAGCAACCCACGACUAGAGAAACACAUCGCGACUUUCCUUUCGCUGGUGAACCCCCUCACAUUAUCUAUGGAGAACAAUGAAGAAGCUGUGGCCGACUUUGACAAUCGAUUGAAAAGGGCUGCGGCGAAAGCGAGGAUCAUCGAGAGGAUGCUCGGCGAACCAAGCGAGCAUACCGCUGAGCGCUCUGCGGGAGCCAGCAACAUCGAAGAUAUCAACUCACUGCCAGCUCAUCUCACUAGUAGCCAGCAAACUCGAAACUGCGCCCCCGUGGUUCAGCUUUGA